AUGAUGUUUACGACGUGGACGGGGACAACGACGACGACGUUACGCGCGAGGACGACUUUGAGGAGGAGGACGGGAACGGCGCAGAAGAAGGUGACGACGAAAAGAAGAGGAGCAUCGAGGAGAAAAUCGUCGUCUGUUAAAUUUUUUUGCUUGAAGAAAACAGCCGAGCUCGACGUGGCCACGGGCAUAGGCAUCGAGAAACUCAGAUCAUCAACGACGAGCGAUGGAAGAAGCGGCGGCAAAGUCGUUGGCGCAUCGACGACGAUGCGACGACAUUUUCCUCCCCCCAUGCAUUAUUCGUCCGAGUACACGCCCGGGAUGAGUGUCGUUGGAGGGGUGUUCUUGGCCACGAGUUUGGUGACGAAGUAUUUGACAACGGGCGAGGCGAUUGGAGUGUCUGGUUUGCACCGACAUCUUCGAAAACCGGCGUUUUUGCUGGGGUUGUUGGUAGGGACGCACGUGCUCUUGAAUUACGCGUUGGACGUGAGUUAUUUACUUCCCGACGGCGGCUUUCAGUCGGUACAAAACGCAGCGCGGUUAGGUUUUGCCGGUCUGUGCGUUGGCGUCGGAUCGGCGUGCGCCGGCGGAUGCACUUCUGGGCACGCGUUGAGCGGCGUCGCGAGACUCUCGAAGAGAAGUUUAGUGGCCGCGAGCAUAUUUGUGAUUGUUGGCAUGAUCACCGCGAGCGUUUUCGAUACCGCGAGUGCGAUGGAUGUGGUGUUGAUGAUUCCUGGAAAAAGGACGUGGGACUUGGAACUUUUUUUCGAGAAGAUGUUUUACAACGCGGAUGUAAUCGAGCCGUGGGUUGCGAGAGUGUGCUACGCGGUAUUCGUCAAGGCGAAAACUGCGUUGACUUUCGUGUUGAUCGCGCUUCCAGUCGGAUCGAUCGUCGCCGGUUUGUACGCGUACUACCAGUAUAUCAAUGGUAAUGAUCCAUGGGAAGAAAAUUUUGAACGUUUGCGGACGAUAAGAGAGACAGAAACGCCAGAAGAGAAAAAACGCCUUUUGGACGAAACGUUUCACGUUAAAGACGAAGAAGAAAGGCCACCUCCCGUACGUGAUAUCAUAUCGCGGGGAGCUUUCAUUUUGUGCGCCCUCGCGUGCGGAUUUUUUGCCAUCGCAGCCGCAGAAGCCGAGAGUGCUUUUCACACGUCUAAACUACUCUUGAUUUGGCUUUCUAGUUUAGCGUUUUAUGCCAUCGUUACGCUUGUUGGUGUGUAUGGAAAAAAUAAACGCCUUCGCGCGUGUACGAAAUCCCUCGCGAAAGCGGUUUCGGGAUCUUUGUUUGGACUGGCGCUUUGUGUCGGCGGGAUGACCGAUCCGGCGAAAGUAUCUGCCUUUCUCUCCGUGAACAAAAAGACGUUCGAUCCGAGUUUACUCGUCUUUCUUUUCGUCGCGUUGGCUUUCGCGAUACCGAUUUUUGCAUACAUAAAAGGUUGGAAAGCCUGGAAUGUGUUAGAGAAAAAGUACCAAGACGAAGGCUUGCGAAUGAAGCGCUCGUUCUUUGGAGACGAGCUCGCGCAGCCUGAUAAACCAAACGAACCUUUCGAGUGGAGAAUUUUAGUCGGUGCCUCGAUCUUUGGGUUGGGAUGGGGUCUCGCCGCGUUGUGCCCUGGUCCCAUGUACGUCAAUUUUUCCGCCGCCUUAUUCGACGGUUCCCUUCAAUUCGAUAAAGGCAUCGGUCUCUUCUUUGCGACGUUCAUCGCUGGGCAAACAAUGUUUCGAACUCUCGCGCACGCGUUGAAUAUUGACGGUAAGAUAAACUCAACGAUUGUUAUGGAAGAAAAUAAGGAAACGCUCGCGCGCUUGGAUAAAGCCGACUCGCUCGAAGAGCUUCGCCGUUUGCUCUCGAAAGCGCUUGGGAGCUCCGAAGACGCCGUCGUGAAAACUGUGGCGUAUUCCGAAGGCGAUCGCUCCGUUAUCCCUUUAACGAACGAUGACGACGUGCUCGUGAUGUACGCGACUUGGGAAUCAGAAAAGACAGGUCGAGAUCGUAAAGCGCGUUUGAGGUUUUAUGUGGACAAGAGCGAGGAGGAGGAGAAGACGUCGUCCCCUUCGAAAGAGGCGAAGCGCAUGGCGCCGCAUGGCGCCGAGAAGAAGUAA